AUGGUAUGGUCUGUGAUAAGUGCUAGAAGGGUUGGGCGUCUCUACAUUGUCCAAGGAACCAUAAAACAAGACCAGUACAGACAAAUUUUACAAAUUCGCCUAUUACUGCAACUUAAGGAAUGGUUUUCGAUUGAUAAGAUGGUGAGGAAUUCACAUUUAUGCACGAUUCAGCACUAUUGCACAAGACUAAUACUUCACGAAUACCAAUUUUUAGUGACUGCUCCUAAUAAUUUGGCAACCCACUGUACCUUGCCACUUCUACUACGCGGCAACGUUAACGUCACAACGAGCCUCCUGGAAUGUUCCAAGAUGUUCACAACAAAAACAAGAGUUUGCAAGGACCUACCAGUAUACAACUACAACGCCAGACCAAUAUGCGAGAUUGCGAUACUACAAUUGUCCAGCAAGGAACCGCCAAGUAAUUGCGAACUGUCAACCUUCUCAACACAUGUGGACACCUUUCAAUCCAUCGGAAAUAACCAGUGGAUAUUUCUCCUGAGAUUCAAGACACCAAGCGUAGUUGAAUGCGGGAACAAAAUAGUACAUCAGAAAAUCUUCGGCUCCGGAAUAAUUUCCCUGAACUCAGGAUGCAAAUUUUACACCACUUUUGUGACACUCAACGCAAAAGAUAGACGA